AUGAAUGUGGACCGGGGGCUCGAUGAAGUGCCCACUUGCCGUAUAUGCCGCAUCGAAGAGGAGCCCGGCGCACCGCUCUACCAUCCGUGUAAAUGUACAGGCAGUAUAAAGUAUUGCCACCAGGAUUGUCUUGUACAAUGGCUCCAGCAUAGUCAGAAAAAGUACUGCGAACUAUGCAAUUACCCGUUUGUAUUUCACAAGCGAUAUACCCAUGCCAUGCCCAAUGGCCAGCUUCCAGCGUGGAUGUAUAUGAGGUACCUAGCAUGGCGUGCAUGGUUCGGCCUGGCCUUUUUGACGCGUGUAGCCGUCGUAGCUACGUGCUGGUUCCUGGUGGUGCCGCAUGUCACGCUACGUAUCUGGCGAUCCUAUAUCCAGACAGGCGACUGGCUCGCCGAGACCAUUCUCCGCGUACCGGUCGCCACGUUGGAUCGCACUGUCGUACUCUCCUCCUCCACGCCAUGGCAUCCCUGGAUCCCUAUGUUGGCCCAGCGUGUGGUGGAAGCAUUGAUGACCGAUUGGCUGCGCAGUGUAGGUCUUUUGCUGGCCCUGCUUGUGCUGUUCCUCGGCCUCUUUUUCUUGCGUGAGUACAUCGCCGGGGUAGCGCCUUUGGUGGACGAGGCGCCAGCCGCGCAGGGGCCCGUGGUCCACGAUGAGCCUGACGAGGCACGUCGACAGCUUCGCGCUGCCGCCCUGGCGGCGGCGCAGGCGCGUGCAGAGCAGAUGCUCGCGGCCAACCCCAUGGAAAUGUUGCAACAGGAUGUAGCGCGAGCGGCGGUGCAGCUCGGUGAGCAACCGCCGCCUAGGCCGGCGCAGGACACGCCGCAAGAUCCUGUGUGGCUCGUGCAGGGCGAAGGAGCCGGCGAAGACGAUGAGGAUGAUGCAUGGGAGGACGAGCCUGCGCCUCCGGCACCAGCACUGCCGGCGCCUGCAGCGCCAGCUCCUCCCGCACCAGAAUUGGCUCCCUUGCGUGGGCCAGAACUGCCGGCGGACGACCCUGAUGCCCCAGACGAGGAACUGGAAGGCGACGAGGAGUGGGAAGAGAAUCCGGAGCAUCUCCUCGAAGAUCUGGACAGCAUUCUUCAUGCGAUUGGCUUGCGUGGCACAUGGCUGGCGUUUGCGCAAAAUGUGUUUGUGUUUGAGAUGCUAGCGAUUAUGACCAUGUCGAUUUGUGUGGCUGUGCCAUACGGUAUAGGUCGUAUCCUUGGCUUGCGUGUGUACGACGCUGUGCUUCUGCCUGCGAAAGGGCUGCGUAUGCUGACAGACCCGGUGUUUGAGUUGCUCCUGGACAGUCUCACGACGGUCGUGCCUACGCCACGUGACGCUGCGCCGGUAGGGCCCUUGUCGUCCCCGUGGGAGGUGCACCCGGUGCUCUCGUGGGUGUAUGGUGCAGGCACAGCGUUGGAUGCGCUGACGCGCGGCGACCACCUAGCGGAACGUGCGUUGUGUGCGGUGCUGGGCCAUCUGUACGUCGUGUUGUUCCUGAGUAUUGAAGCGCGGUUUGGCCACAUUGUGCAUGGCGGCCAGACACAGUGGGCCUCGACGUUGGUGUUUUACUACGCGACAUCGCUUAAGGUGGUGUUCUUCUUUGUGAUGGAUAUGCUGGUAUUCCCGCUUUACUGUGGCUUCCUCAUGGACUGGUGCCUUAUGCCUCUGUUUGAAGGCGCAUCGUUUGCGGCGUUGGUCGGCCAAGCGCAGGCUGCGCCAUUGACAUUCACGUUCUGCCGCUGGGCGACAGGAACGAUGUACAUGUUCUUCUUUGCACAGUUCGUGAGUGCGAUUCGCUCGGUGGUGCGGCCUGGUGUCGUAUGCUGGAUGCGUGACUCAAGUGACCCUGACUUCCAUCCCGUGAAAGACAUUUUGGAGCGACGGACGCUGGAGCAGCUCCACAAAAUGGCUGACUCGGCGGUGAUCUACGGUGCGCUGGCCGGGUGUGUCCUCGGCGUGGGCCUGCGUGUUUUACGCCUCGUGCCGGGCCUCCUUCCGCUGUACUGGGCGCCGCUGACGCCGCGUACGAUGGUGCCUGUGGAGUUGCUGCUCGUCCAUUUUGUGCUGCGCGUCGCCAUCAAGCGAGCUCGGUUGACGUACUACUCGCGCCGCCUCUUCCGGCGUUGGUGGAUUUGGGCGGCAAAGCAAGUGCGAAUGAGUGCCUUUCUGAUGGGCGACGACCAACUGGACGAGCAGGAGCGAUGUGUGUACCGUACGUGGGGCGACUGGGCUCGGUCGUUUAUCAUGAACGUGGAGCCUCUGCGUCGCGAGCGGGAUGGCGGGUUCGCGCGUGUGCCUGCCAACGACCGGCCACCUACGCAGACGUCGAUUUUGAUUCGGACCGAUGCUGCUGGCACGCCGAUCGACGAAAAGAACCAAGAGUUGCUGACCAAACAACUGGCUGCCCUGGACAAGAUGGAGACCAAGGCACCCUAUACUAUUGUCUACAUUCCGUCACACUUGCGGCUGCGGAUUGUAAGCUUGCUCUUGCUCCUCAUCGCCAUGUCGAUGGGCGUUGUAAUGCUGGGGCUCGGUGGGCCGUUGGCACUGGGACGCAUGCUCGCGUACGCGCUGGACUGGGCGCCGCUGCAUGAUAUGUACACCAUUUUGCAUGGCUACGUGCUUCUUGGCGUGGCGCUCUUGCUGGUGCAUGGCGCCCGAGGAUUGUGGCCGAGGGGACGUGUGCCUGCGCAGUACAAGCAGGAUGUAUCGCACGGGGUGCGUGGCACGCUGCGCUUCCUCUACUUCCUGGUGACCAUGGGGGGCCUGGCCCCGUUGCUCACAGGGCUGGUCUUGUACCAGUACCUCCUCCCCUCGCCCACUGCCGAGAUCCCGACGUUCUCCGCUUGGUAUGCAUGGGCUCUGGGGGCGUUGGUUCUCAAUACAGGGCUUCUUUUGGUCCUUACAUGGAUGCCUGACACCUUUGCUAUGCUCUGGACGGUGUACAACCAAAUUCAGUCAGGGGUGUUGUGGCGGAUCCCUGUCGGCCCAGCGACGCGCGUGGUCGUCGCGCCUACGUUGGGCGGCUUGGUCGCCGCUCUGGUCGCGCCAUACUUGUUGGCCGUGCUAUACCUGGCGAUGACCACAGGCUUCCAUGUCUCUCCAGCAACGCAAUGGCAGUGCGUACGAUACGGCAACGUGACGAUCCUGGGUGGUGCCGUGAUGUACGCAGCAUGGUACUAUAUUCUAAACCACUUGGACUACUGGACCAAUGUUCUACGUGACGAACUGUUCCUUGAGUCCACGGAAUUGUGCAAUUAUACGAACGAAAAAGCGCCGCCUGCCUCGAGCGAGUUUGGGACGCUGCCAGACUCGGUCGUUCGUGCGCCGCACGCACCGCCGGCCUUGGGGUAA